AUGGCAGAGUCAGCAGUGAGCUUUGCUGUUGACAAGAUGGCUACAUUGAUAACCGAAGAAGUGACACUAUUGAAAGGCAUCCGCGAUGAAGUUGAACAUAUGAAAGAUGAUUUGGAAGCCAUUAGAGCUUUCGUGAAGGAUGCAGAUUCGAAGGCAGAGAAAGAAGGCAUCAAUGAGGGUGUAAAAGUGUGGGUCAAGCAAGCAAGGGAAUUGGCCUUUCUCAUUGAAGAUGUCAUUGACGAAUACAUGCUUCGUGUGGCACAACAUCAUGAUCGACGUGGAUGUGUAGGCUUCUUACAUAAAAUUGCUUCCUUGGUUAUGAAAUUGAAGGCACGCCAUGAGAUAGCAUCAGAAAUUCAAGAUGUUCGAAAAGCUCUUCAAAAUAUCAAGGAAAGAAGUGGACCAUUCCAGUUCAUCCCUUCAGAGCAAGGAGCAUCUAGUAAUGCAAGAAGAGCCAUAUCGCAUGAUCCUCGAAUGGCUUCUCUUUUCAUUGAAGAAGGUGAACUUGUUGGCAUUGAAUCUUCGAGAGAUAAACUGGCAAGUUACAUGGUAGAUGAUGCAUCUCAAAGGACGGUCAUCUCAUUGGUUGGUAUUGGGGGAGUGGGUAAAACCACUCUUGCUAGGAAAGUAUACGACAGUCGAAGAGUGACAGAGCACUUCCGAUGUCAUGCUUGGGUGAUGGUUUCUCAAUCAUAUGAUAAGAAGGAGUUACUGAAGAGUAUUCUAAGGAAACUCUAUGAAGCUAAAAAUAAGUGUUGUCCUGAAAACAUUGUCACAAUGGAGGAUCCAUCAUUGAUUGAUGUGGAGCAUGCUUUGCUGGAUAAUAACAAAGGCAGUAGAAUAUUGAUCACAACAAGAAAGGAGGGUGUUGCUAAUUUCUGUAGGAGAUAUUCACUAGUUCAUGUCCAUUUGCUGGAACCUCUAGGCCAACAAGAUUCCUGGGAGUUGUUUUGUAAGAAGACAUUCAUGCGUGACUUUGAAGGGCGAUGCCCUAAAGAUUUGGAAGAGUUAUCCAGGGACAUUGUUGGAAGAUGCGGAGGAUUGCCUCUCGCCAUUGUGGCCAUUGGUGGACUACUAGCGAGCAAAGAAAAGGUGGUUCUAGAGUGGGAAAAAUUGCUCAAUAGUCUUGGUUCUACAUGGAGGGAUGAUCCAAAUCUUGAGAAUAUCACCAAAAUUCUCUCUCUUAGUUAUGGUGAUUUGCCUUACUACCUUAAAUCUUGUUUCUUAUACUUGGGCAUGUUUCCAGAGGAUUUUUCCAUUAGACGUGGAAGGCUAAUUCGGUUAUGGGUAGUUGGAGGUUUCAUACAAGAAAAGCAAGGCAUGACAUUAGAAGAGGUUGCAAAAGAAUACAUGAUUGAACUUAUUCAUCGAAGUUUAGUUCAAGUGGAUCUUGUUAGUGCUAAAAGAACUCCUAUUACAUUUCGAGUUCAUGAUUUGGUACGUGAGGUCAUUCUUUCCAAGUCAGAGGAGUUGAGUUUGUGCCAUGUUUUAGGUAAUUACUUAAGCUUUGAAAGCAUAGCUAGACACCUUUCUAUAAGCAACAGAGAAAAUGGGAAUCGAAAGAGCAGCACCAAGUCACAAACACGCUCUAUUAUGAUCUUCAACGAAGUAGAGCUUCAAAAGCUCGUAAUUGAUUGGAUAUUUGGAAAAUGCAAGUUGUUGACCGCAUUAGAUUUUGAAAGCUGUCCAAUAAAUUACAUUCCGAAAGAAUUGGGAAAUUUGCUGCAUCUGAAGUAUCUCAACUUAAGAAAUACCAAAGUCUCAAAACUUCCAAAAUCAAUUGGGAAGCUACAGAACUUAGAGUUCUUAGAUGUGAGGGGUUCUUCAGUGAAGGAGUUGCCAAUUGAGAUUAACAGAUUUUCCAAAUUGCGAUAUCUUUUGGGUGAUCCUGCAUUGAAGAUAUAUGGCAGCAUUUGGCAUUUAGAGUUCUUACAAGUACUAUAUGCAGUUAGACUAGAUGAUGAUCAAUAUGUGAGAUUAAUUAAUGAGUUAAGAAUGUUGAAGCAAUUGAGAAAAUUGGGGAUUGUAGAUUUUAAAAGAGAAUAUGGAAGGGAUCUGUGCACUGCUUUGGAGAGGAUGACUCAAUUGCGGUCACUAUAUGUUCGUGUAGUCAAAGUGAACGAGAUUCUUGAAGUGCAAUCUAUGUAUUCUCCUCCUGCUCUCCUUCAAACCCUCCAACUUUCUGGACGGUUAGAGAGGUUCCCUGAUUGGGUUUCCAAACUACAAAAUCUAGUUGAAUUGUGUUUGUGGUAUUCAAGAUUGAAGGAUGAUUUGAUAAAAGUUAUUCAAGCUUUGCCUAAUUUAAAAGUUUUUCGGCUAUUUGAUGGAUACAAUGGAGAGAAGAUUCAGUUUGAGGAAGGAGGGUUUCAAAAGCUCAAGGAGUUAUUUCUUGCAGGGUUGAAUGAGUUGAAAACGAUGACAAUAGACAAAGGAGCAAUGCCUCUUCUUGAACAGCUGUAUAUAGGUCCUUGCCCACAAUUGAAGGAGGUGCCCUUUGGAAUUCAACACUUGAAACACCUCAAAGAGCUAUAUUUUGAUGGGAUGUCAAGUGAGUUCACGCAAAGGUUGUCACGUGAACAAGGAGAAGACUACUGGAUAGUGAAGAAUGUACCAAUUACCCUCAUUGCUACGUAUUUGACGAGAUUGGCCGACGAGUAA